UACCAGAGCAGACAGUCCAAACGCCAGUUCAGUCUUCUGGUGGAAAUUGCUGGCGCAGAUAAGAUAAUACCACGGCACAGUGCAAUAUGUAUUCGACGCUUCCGUAAGUGUGCGAUACGAAGUUGCACACAACCCAUUGGAGCAUUAUCUGGAGGACCGCAACGCGACCUCGGUAUGUGUCACUUGACACGCUAGUACCGAACACACCCACACAUUCAUCAUUCAGUGGGGACCCUUGCGCACCGAGCACGGAGAAAGGCCUGGGACGGACAAGAAGUUGACGAGACGUUCCGGUGGAGGGUUUCGGGGGGUUCCAGCGACCAAGGAUGCCAGCCAAAGCAGCACCGAACGACGGUGCGUCGAGGAAGGAGGGAGGAGGAGCAGCAGGCAAGAAGCAGGCGGCACUGGCGGUGAAGGGACAGCCCAAGGAGCAACAAUCUACGGUUCAGCGCCAUGGUCUGGAUGACGAAACGAACGCUGGCUUCGGAAAGUACUUGAGAUCACAGGAAGGGAUUGAAAUGAUGAAGCUGUUCGUGAUCGCUAACACCAUAGUCGUCUUCAUGACCAUGGCUUGGCCCCAGAUGCAGCAAUCCUAUCAAAUUAUUCGCUCCAUGUUUUACGGUGACGAAGCAGCCGAUGAACAAUAGUUGUAAUUUGUUUUGCUUGUACGUGUACGUGUCAUGUGUAUGUGAGAAAAGAGGAAGAAGAAGAAGAAGAAGACCAAGCGAGAAUGUGUAUGUGUGUUGAAUGUGCAACAAUUCAAACACACAUUUAGCGGAACAAUAACAGUCAUAGCAAAAGCAACUAAAUUGAAGACUCGGUGGUGGUCGUCCCGCAGCAGGGAGAAUUGUGCAGUGUGUGUGUGUGCGUGUUUGUGUGUGCGUGGCGCUUGGAAACUACCCUAGAUCCGCCACCCCCCCGGCCCCCAUCACCCCCCGU